AUGAGUCCUGCAAUCUCCACAACUGCGUCAUGGUCGGCUAGAGUCACAGUACCGAGAUCGACGUUAAAGGAGGACGAUGAGUUCAGCUCCAGUGCUAAUAGCAGUCGAUAUAGGAUGCUGGAUGUUAACCAGAAACAGCGGGAGACUGAAGAUGUAGAACGAAUUAUCAGCGACUUGGAAGCUCAGCGACGAUAUCGUACGAAUAGCCGACCCAAGAGAAGACAAGAAACUGCAGUGGUCCCUAUUCGAAGCGGUUCCCCAAGCCUAAAUGACAAGUCAACAAGGUUAAAGGAAUCUCGAGGCAGUAGCAGGUUCUCGUUUGAUGAAAUGGCUGCUGAAGGUGAUGAAAGUCUACCUGUGAACAGAGAGAACUAUCCUGUCGACGCUGUCUCUCAGUCUUUUCAAGAUCAGGUUUUGGAGGAACUGCGUAAGCUCAAGGAGUCCCAACGCAUCGAGUUCGAAGCUCUCGAGAGACUGCAGCGUGAGAAAGACGAGGCUGAACGCAAAGCUCGUCGUCUGGAGCAGAAAUUGAGAGAACAGCAGCGUCAAUUAUCUCAGAGCAAGGAGAAGUCAACGAGGCACAAGACACGACCAGAUAUUAUCCUUCGUGAAGAAUCCGAUGAAGAAAAUAACGAGAAGAUUUGCUCGUGUAGCAACAGCGAUACUGAAGAUGCCAACUGUAAGGAUGAUUCAGAAGAAGUCAGUCCAGAGCUCAGCGACUGGGACGACGCAACCAAGUCACCUCCACCAUACCACACAGUUGCGUCGCCUGCGACGUCACCAUUUAAGCGCUCAAGCUGGCCAGCUUGGACUGGUGACGAAUCACUACCACCCGGACCGACCUCGGAACCGCAAGAAUGCAGCUCACCUGAACCAUCGAAGCUUCUUCGACGCUCACGUUCUCGAAGCAAGUUAGACAUGUCUUCAUCGAGAUCACGAUCACUAUCAAGGUCGCGAUCGAGCGCUGCGAUGUCGUCUCACGUCCAGCGUCUGAGUCAAAGUAGAUCCCGCAGUCCUUCAGCGACAAGAACGCAUCGAAGUGCUCAAGACAGUCAGGAGUUAGGACGUUCGUGUGCGUUCUUCGAAGAGAAAGCUCGUGCACAGGCUGAGGCCGAACAACUCGCAAAGGAAGCAACGGAAAAGCUCGAACGAGCUCAUCGUGCUGCACCUCCACAAAGAUUAUUGGAACGAGAAGCACUAGCUCAACAACGCAAAUCUCAGCAUCACAAAGUGCUCGAACAAGAAUGGAAGGCUCGCUCCAAACGAGCCAAAGCUCGAGACGUACCUUUAACAACCUACUUGUCCGCUGAAGAUGCCGAGGAGGCCGAACAAAAACGUAAGCAGAGAAUUCGACAGCGAGCCCAGGAGAUGAUGCAGUCUGCUGAACUGCCACCAAGAAUGGCCAUAGUCAGCAAGAAUUCUUAUGACGAUGGAGAGGAUGAACGUAUGACUGUGAAAAUGAAGAAGAAGCUUCGAGCUGCAGCUGAAGAAGAGGUCAGAACACAGAGAAAUCGACCAAAGCCAGUGCCAAACUUUGAUCAACUGCAUUCCAAGUGGGAAACUGCUUUAAAAAAACGAAAAGAACUUUCAAGACGCAACGAAGAAGAAGAAGCAAAUGAUACUAAAGUUUCAGCGAAGAAAAACGCCGAAUUUUUCAUCUCUCGAGCUGCAAAACUUGCGGAGUUGCAAGAGAAGAAAGAAGCGCGUAAGCAGCGGCAACAAGCGAAGGAGCAAGCCAUUCAACAGCACGCUAGACGAACUCAAGAGAAGCUGUUAGCACGGACGCGUGCGUCACUAGCAACCGAAGCUGGGAGUCAGUGGAAACCUACGAAAUCCGAAACUUUGCGCGUACAGAAGCUGAUGGCUGAAGCUGCCAAGCAAGAGAAGGAAAGACAGCGUGAAGAACGAGAAGCUGAGGCUCGAGAACGUCGACGUGAAGAAGCUGCUCGUCGAGUACGUGCUCAAGUCAAGCGAUCGGAGUCUGCCCGACGUGAUAAUUACGCUGGGAACUUUGUGGAUUUAAAAGAUAUGGACGUCGUUGCUAAGGAGAAAGCAAGAGAACAACGACAACAAUUUAAAGAGGCGAUCGCUCGCAAUAAGGAGAAGCUCUUAGUAGCUGCAGCAACGCGUCCGAGUCUCAUGGAGCGGUUCAGUACUGACGUUAAGCGAGAAACACACCGUCGUGCAGCACUGGAAUCAGUCGUCAAGACGGUCUUUCAGAAGGAUUUAUCCACUCUAAAGGGCGUAUUAACCGACGACGAACAGGAGCUCGCUACUGCGAUGAUCGCAGCGGACGACGAGAACAGUGAAGCCUCAUAA